UUUGGAUUUAGAUUCUCCUCUCUCUCUCUCUCUCUCUUCCAUUUUUUGUUUUGGGGCUUUCUUUCUUCGAGAGCGCUUUUCUCGCGCCCUUUUCCCUCCCAAACUCCAGAACUUCAAAUUUUCUUCAUCUUCAUCUACAUCUUCAAAAUCCGCUUCUUCUCCACUCUUCCAUCUUCUCUUCCCAGGUUUCGCUAGUUGAUUAUUGGAUUGGUGUAAUUCGAUCUGUGUUUAUUUUUCUGUCGCUGAGUUUUUGCGAUGAGUGAAGAUAGCUUAGCAGAUAGGGGGUUGCAUAGAACCCGUCCUGCACUCGGCGAUUUGACCAAUCGCCCGAUUAAGAGGGGGUUUUCUGCGCUUUUGGGUGAUCCUGGUGUUAAAUCCGGAGAUGGCUAUGUCAAGAAUGUGGGAGGGGACAAUGCCGACUCGCAAUUCGCGAAGCAGGUUCGUUUAGGAGUCGAGAAGUUUCUGCGAGAACAAGGAUUGACUUUGACGAAGGAUAAGCAGCCUUGUGGAUCCUCGUCGACUUAUACGGAAACUGAUGCCUCACAGGAGAAUACCGAGUCUUUAGUCUCGAAUAUGCGCCGAGAAUUCAAGAAGCCUGAAGUUUUAGACGGGGGUAUUCAUAAAAGUGUUGUGGAAGUUGGUGAUGUCUCGAGAGACAGUUCUUUUUCGAGUGUUUCGAUGGCCGCGAGCAAAGAAAUGCAGAACAAAGAUUGUGUUGUUUUGGACAGUGAAGGCAGACGUGCUUCUGAUGCUACUCAAAGCAAUCUUUUGCAAGGACCAAUUGUCACUGUAUUCAAGGAUAAUGAGGGUCUUAGUGUUGGUAAACCGGUGUCAACGGAGUGCGGUUCUUUUGAGUGGUCGAAGUUUCCGAAGCAGGGUCCUAUAUCACACGAAUUGGGGAGAUGUGCAACUCUUCAGGGUGAUGGUUGUAGUAAUGCGAGUGUCGGUGAUGACUUUAUCAACGCUUGUUCUUGUUCGUUUUGCUUGAAAGCUGCUCACAUAUGGUCGGAUCUCCAAUACCAGGAUAUAAAGGGUCGGAUAGCUGCAUUGAAGAAGAGUAAAAAAGAAGCACAUACCUUGGCUCAGAAAAGUUGCAGGGAAAAGGAGACUGAUACUCACAAUCAAGGAGAUCCUAUUAAUUCAUCGAAUCUCGAGUCGGAUCUCACGGGUCACUGGAAAUCUCUCUUUUGUCAUAUGGAGGAUAUAUUUGUUCGUGAAAACAGUCAACUUCAAGCAAGUUUUCUCGCACUAAAAGAUUUGAGAGAGAACUGCAAGAUGGAUCUGGAGAUGAUCAAUGCAAUACCUUCAGAGAAACAUUAGUAUGCUUCUAAUGAUUUAAAUAUUAUCUUGUCACUUCAAUUUAGUAGCUUUCACUCAACUCUCUGCUUGCAAAUGCAACCGCUUGUGUGUAUUCCUGAAUUGUUCUACAAAAGAUUGCAAAAAUCAUUGUUUUUAGAGCUGUAAUGCAUUCGUUAGUUCAUACGUUUCCUCAUUGUCUGCCUCAAGUAAUGUUUAAACCCUUUAGCAGGCAACGCGUUUACUGUUUUUUCAUUUGAUGAGGUGUUCCUACUUUUCUAAUGUUCACAUUUCAAGGUUAUUUUCUUUCAA